UAACGCGAGCCCUGAGAGGGGAGCUGCGGCAGCCCCGGGUCCCUGCCACCCCAGGCCACACAGUGGAGCCGAAUGCAGGAUGCGACAGCCAGAGGGUCUCCGGGCCUCCCGAGAGGGCACAGCCGCUGGCCCCCAGCGAGGAGACUGCAUCAUUUGCUACUCGGCCUACGACCUCGCGGGCCACCUACCCCGCCGCCUCUACUGCGGUCACACUUUCUGCCAGGCGUGCGUGCGGCGGCUGGACGCGCCAGCCCAUGAGCAGCGCUGGAUCCUGUGCCCACAGUGCCGCCAGAGCACGCCUACACCCCGGGGAGGGGUGGCCAUGCUGGACCUCGACCUGGCCGCCUUCCUGGCCAUCAAGGCCGAGCGGGAGCCGUCCCGCACGGAACCCCAAUCCCCCAUGCCCCUCAAAAGCGGCAGUGCCACCAUCACUCAGCAGCCAGGCCAGCUCUGCCCCCCCUUGGGCCCCCAGCCCCGCUUCCCCCAGCCCCGCCGCUGCUGCUGGGGCUGUGGCAGCUUCUGCUGGGACCCCCUGGGCGACCCUCAGGUCUGAGUUCAGUUCUGGCCGCUGCCACUCCUGGCAGGGGAGCUGCUGCCAGCAGUGUGCUGGCCUCGGAGCUUCUGACCGCAGCACUGCCUGCCCAGGACAGCCCGAGGGCAGAGCGUCCUGGGUGCCAUCCCAGCUGUUCACCC